AUGGCCCUCUUCCCGCGCCUGGCGUGGAGCGUCUACGUGUGGCCACUCCAGCUCACGACCCUGGAGCUCGAGUGCCUCUGCGCGCCGUCUCGGGAGGCGCCCUACCCCGGGCCUGGCGAUGUCCCCUCGGACGUCAUGCUCCGCGCGACCAUCGAGCUGGACCGUGCUGGGUGGGAGCCCUUCCGUCCGAUGCGGGAGGCAGCGGAGCAGACGUCACCAGGCCGACCGUCUUGGGUCUUCAUCAAUCCGAGGCUGGCGGCGACGGUGCGGGAGGUAUCUCAGGGGUUGGGGUUCAACCAUGUCGCGUGCCAGGCGCGCCGCCGUUGGGCGGGCGCAGACGCGGCCAUUCGCGAGCGGGCGCUUGGCGAG